UCUACCUGUGCGUGUUGUUUCAGUCUGUUUUUGUCCUCUCCUGAGACGCGCGUGUUUUGUUCAAAACGCCGUUUCCACCCCGCGGCGAGAGCGACGCUUCCCCUUUAAUGUGUAGCAGCGAGGACAGGAGUGUCGGGGAUGGGGCGAGGCGCGCAAGACGGCUCUUUUAGUAUGCGCUGCGAUGCCCGACUGCAGCCCACGCGUCCCAACUAUGGCGAAUUAUGGUGAAAUAUGAGCGUCGUGGGAAGAAGAGAUGGUCGUGAGGAGAUGACACAGACGCUGGACAGAUUGGUGAAACAAAGGGAAGGAGGAGAGCUAUGAAGGAGCGGACUCACGACCUCAAGGCACCUUAAAAGAGGAGACAAACGGAAUAAAUGUAAAUGCGUCUGCGCACCAAGAGAACCAGGUAAGUCUCUGCAGACAUCAGCCUAGAGGAUCACCUUUCCUGUUGAUGUAGCAGCAUAUUGUUUUUUUUUUUUGAAGUACGGGGGGCGGCAUGAUUCGCUGGUGCCAGCGUUUUAAGGCAUACACCACUUUAUUCACACACCACCAGCACCAGCACCACCACCAUCACCGUCGCCCGCCGCCAGCUUCAACCUGUAGCCUAACUCAGCAUGUAUCUGCUGGUCACAGCUGAGGGGAGGGAGGUAACUUGUCCCCCCCCCCCUCUGCCACUCCCACUGCUACGUUGCUGCAGAGCCGGAGGUUCGGGUGAUAAAUGGCCAGUGGGAAGGAGCUGCUCUGACUGAGGAGGCCGACUUUUGAGCGGACACUUUUCUGCUGGGGAACUCUGUGUGAGGACACGCUGUCACCAGACCCGCGAGUGUCAGAGCGAGUAGCUCACCACAGGCAGAUCUGCCUGCACCCAAACCAGAGCCUUUAUCUCCUCGUGGCCCAAAGUGGCCCCACCCUGUCUGAAACCUGCAGGUCCCAUCUUCCUCCAGAAUGACAGUUGCUACCAGCGACCCUGCGGAUGAAGCGGCGGCACAUCCGGGUCAGCCUCAUGACCAGUACGACCCGGAUCCGGAUCAUGACUGCUGCGAGAGGGUCGUCAUCAACAUCUCAGGCUUGCGCUUCGAGACGCAACUCAAAACCCUCUCCCAGUUUCCCGAGACGCUUCUGGGAGACCCCAAGAAAAGGAUGAGGUAUUUUGAUCCUCUCCGGAAUGAGUACUUUUUUGACCGGAAUCGACCGAGUUUUGACGCCAUUCUCUAUUACUACCAAUCAGGAGGGAGGCUGCGCCGGCCUGUUAAUGUGACCCUGGACAUUUUUUCCGAGGAGAUCCGGUUUUAUCAACUGGGUGAGGAGGCUAUGGAGAUCUUCAGGGAGGAUGAAGGUUUCAUUAAGGAAGAGGAGCGGCCUCUGCCGGAGAAUGAGUUUCAGAAACAAGUGUGGCUGUUGUUUGAGUAUCCAGAAAGCUCAGGUCCUGCCCGCAUCAUCGCCAUCAUCUCUGUCAUGGUGAUUCUUAUCUCGAUCGUCAGUUUCUGUCUGGAGACGCUGCCGGUUUUCCGAAAUGACGACGAAUACAAUUAUCCAUUCCAGGCCAUUUUGAACGGCACCUUUAUCUAUGAGGGCUCAAAUUAUUUCACAGAUCCCUUCUUCAUCGUGGAGACACUCUGCAUCAUCUGGUUCUCUUUUGAGUUCCUGGUUAGGUUCUUUGCCUGUCCCAGUAAAGCUGGGUUUUUUGGCAACAUCAUGAACAUCAUUGAUAUUGUGGCCAUCAUCCCUUACUUCAUCACCCUGGGCACAGAGCUAGCAGAGAGGCCAGAAGACAGAGAAGCAGGACAGCAGGCGAUGUCUCUGGCGAUCCUCCGCGUCAUCCGCCUGGUCAGGGUGUUUCGUAUCUUUAAACUAUCUCGUCACUCCAAGGGGCUGCAAAUCCUGGGACAGACUCUGAAGGCCAGCAUGCGUGAGCUUGGCCUCCUCAUCUUCUUCCUCUUUAUCGGUGUGAUCCUCUUCUCCAGUGCUGUCUACUUCGCGGAGGCAGACGAGCCAAACUCCCAGUUCAGCAGCAUCCCCGAGGCCUUUUGGUGGGCCGUGGUUUCCAUGACCACCGUGGGCUACGGAGACAUGGUCCCAACGACCAUCGGAGGCAAGAUCGUGGGGUCUCUGUGCGCAAUUGCCGGUGUGCUGACUAUUGCCCUGCCUGUGCCUGUCAUUGUGUCCAACUUCAACUACUUCUACCACAGAGAGACAGAGGGAGAGGAGCAGGCACAAUAUCUAAGUCCAAGUGUGCACAAAGCCAGCUCAGCUGACGACCUAAAGAAGAGUGGUCGGAGCGGCAGUGUGUCCUCUCCCAGUAAGUCUGACUAUGUGGAGAUCCAGGAGGCCGUGAACUACAGCACCGAGGACUUCAGACUCGAGGGCAUGAAAACAGGAAACUGCACCCUGGCCAACACUAACUAUGUGAACAUUACUAAAAAGCGUACGGAUGUGUAACGUGAGGCACUGUAGAUGCUGAGCUCUAUGGAGAUUGUAACAGGGAGGAUUAAGGUACGACUCCCUGUGUUGCCCAACGCACGGUUCCCAGAGUGGGAGUCCAGAGCAGAUAUGUGAGAUAAACGUGGAGAAAAAAAUGUCAUUGGAGAAGACUUCAUGUUCUCCCGUAUGCUAAGGCGCAUAUCAUAGGACUGCCACCCGUCUCAUUUAGGACAUUGUCAGUGUCUGCAUGGUGUUAGUCUUACCUGUGUGACAGUAGUCGUCCUGCUCGCAUCAGUAGCCAAAUAGUAGCCUAACCAGUAAUAAUCAAUAUUAACAGUGUAAAGGGAUCAGUAGUUUCUAACUUCUUGCUCAAACUGCCUAGAGUUGAUGCACGAUAACAAGAAUUAAGAUCAGCAUAACCUUUAUUUUUAACCUAUUAACUUGUGAUCAUAAAAGAGGCCAUACUAUCAGCACUCGUGAGCAACUUCAAUCUGCGGCUCAAACUGCCAAGGUCCCGACUCAGAGAAACAUAAAAUCAACUAGAUCGCAGCUGAUCUGUCAGGGAGAGUGCUGAAUUUGAGCAGCAGAGAGCGAGCGAUACUAAUAUGCUUUUGGCCAACCGGUCAUUUGUUGCUUCCGUCUGCCAGAGAAGAAGCACUCGCGUCCCUCCCCAGGCCCUCGCUAGAUAUCGCCUAGUACAGGCCAGUGGUCUCUGUAGACGUAAAUGACAGCGCUGUGCUGUGAUUCUGGACCACAAUAGCGCACCACCUUCUUCUUCCUGCCAGUUCUCCUUGAUGAAACCCAAGUGGAUUUACAGUUUGUACACUCUCAGCCGUGACUCUGCCUUUCUUUAUGGUUCCAGCCAGUGCACGCUCGCAGGUGAACAGAGGAAAUCUCUCCCUUUUUUUAGACAUGUUACUGUUGUUCAUUUGAUUUGCUGAAGUAUAGCUUUUUUUUUUUUUUUUUUUUAAAUGAUAAGAUGAAUGUGUGCUUCUCAACUUCAUUUUUGUCCAAGGUGGACAGACAGAUAGUGAAAAAAAAGUUCUCUGUAGAGUUCUGAGUGAGUGCCUAUUUCUCUGUCCCCUUAACUGCACCGUUAAGUGUCUCUCCAGCUGCCACGUGGGUCCAAGUGUUCAGUUUAACACCGCUGUGCAGCGUUAAGUAUCCCUGUUACUGACUUCAUAGCAUUCCAUGUUUGUAGAAACAGAUGAAAAUGAGAUAAAGCGUAAACUAGGGUGAGAUUUUGGUUUACUUUCAACACACGGUUCAUGGCAGAUAAAUUAGCUAGUUUUAUGUGUUCGUAAUAAGGACACAGCUCACUGAUGAUUAAAAUUGAUCUAUGACACCUUUUAAGGUCCAUGUAUUGUCAUUCCGGCAAAGUCAGCUUUGUAUUUUUCAGUCCUGCUGGAGAAGCAACUGAAUUGCUCUUACCUAAUUGAAAGGAUAAAUCACUUUAGCCUUUCAUGCCUUCUUCACCAUUAACAAAAAAAGAGAGAGAGAGAGAGAGAGAGAGAAUUUGGUUGCUAUGUGCUCUUCCUCAUGCUAAUGGAAGUCGGGGGAAAGUUUAUUAGUCCAUGAAACAUUUCUGGACCUUCACAGCGGCAGUGCAGCAUUGUCCUUAACAAAGAAGAAGAUUGGGUCUUGUCUGAAAAUAUAAAAUACAACUGGAAAAAAAAAAAGAAAACAGACGAUGGGUCCUCACAACCCUGACUUGCAGUUAAACUAGAGCACCCCUGUCAGAUGCUCUUGCUUUUAGCCAUAAUUUCUUCCAUUGGUCUCCCGAUUGCACAGUGACAUAAAACAAGCAGGGUUUUUUAUUUUUUUAUUUUGUGGGAGCCCUCCACUCAGCUCAGUUUGCAGAUGAAACAGGUCCCCAUUCAAAACUUCACUCAUCUCGCUGCAAGGCUUCAGCGACAUUUGACCCCUGCCUCAUUUGCUUGUCCUCCUGCCUCCACUCUGCAGACUAUAAUCCAGCAUCAAUUUAUUCUUCCUCCUCGUCUUUUUGUUCUGCGAAUUUUAGAUUUUUUACUCUUUGAUUUUUGUGGUAAAACAAGUAACUAUUCGCUAAGUCAGUUUUUUAGGAGAAUGCUGCAACGCCGUUUUGUGUUGAAGCUCCAGAAAUGUUGUGUGGACUAAAAAAACCUCACCCGACUUUCAGUCCGCACGCAGGUGAGUAUAUGAUGACUGCAUUUUGUCAUUUUUGGGAGAAAUUAGUCGAAUUUACCUGCCAAUGGACCAAGUAGAAAUGAAAAGAAUAUUUACAUUAUUUCACUGUUGGAUUUUAGAGUGUUUCUGUCUUGAAUACCUGGUGACCGGAGACGGAUGCGCAGCCACCUGGCAAAUUGUAUCUUGGGUUUGUAAAUGAUAUUACUGUAAUUUGUGUGAGUAUUUCUAGUGUCUAUUUUUUGCUACUCAGUUCGAACAAUCAUUCCAUCGCCUGCAUUUUGCUAUGUGUCCUUCACAACAGACCUGCUAUUGUAGCGCUGCAUGAACUAUUCACUCUAGAAUGAAGUAGUAUGAAUAAUACUUAAAUAGCAAAGUUGACAUACAUAUAUUCCUAUAGCUAUUGAAGUACUGGUGCUAUGUGCAAUAUACUGUAUGAAGGAUGUGUCAUGCUUUCCAUAUGCUUCUUCUUGCCAUUGGUGUCGGAAAUACUGUCGAUCUAUGUGAAGCGGAGAGGGUUGUCGCUAUUGUAGGGAGGCUUGGGAAACUACAUCUGAACUAAAAUCUCAGACAGGAGAGGAAACAGCGAGCCACAUUGACUCUCGCACCUAUGAUCCACAGCUCAUACAAUAACUAAGGUACUGCUCCCUUCAGCUUUAACGUCUUUGUAGUCACGGCCCAGUAGCUGUCUUACAGUGAAAGCACAACAACGAGAUACUAUCUGCUGCCAGCCCAGUGGAUGCACACAAAUCCAAACAGUCAGUCAGUCAGUCAGUCAGUCAGACUUUUUGCUCAGCCAAGUGUAUCAUAAUGCUCCAGGGGACUGUCUGAGUGCCCGUUUCUCUGAUGUAUAGGUCCAUCAUGCUCGGUGUGUGCUGUUGUUUGUGCAAGUGUAUGUGUGUGUGUGUGUGUGUGUGUGUGUGUGUGUGUGUGUGUGUGUGUGUGUGUGUGUGUGUGUGUGUGUGUGUGUGUGUGUGUGUGUGUGUUUGAGAGACUGAGGAAGACAAAGAGAUUGCCAGAGCAACAGAGGGCUGAGUGUGUAGCUUUUAGAGACAAUGGGGUAGCACUGCUCUUCUUGACUCAAGGCUAGAAUGACUGUAGUGCUCUGUAUACUCUGCUCCACCCAAGGCACACUGUUUACAGCCUGUUUAUAUAUUCCACAGAUGCAUACAGUACAUUAAACAAAGACUACUGAAAAGGAAUGCCAAUGUAAUGCUCACAUGAGGUGAGAUCUAUGAGCAUGUGUUGCUGCACUAUCAGCCACGGCCAGCUGCUGGGUAUAAAAGAAAGGAAAGGUUGAGAAGGGAGAUAUUUUAAUGAAAGUAAGACAAACACUGCCCACAACCUCCUUUGCUGUUCUUGUAUUUUUCUAACCUCUUCUCGAACACCUAUGUGACUUUACGUGGCUUGAAAACUUUGUCUGUACUGCCGUCUCUUCCUCUCUCGUUAACCAAGCACACUACUGAAGUGACACUAUGUCAAGACAAAAAAAAAAAAAAACAGGACAGCACAUCAGGAUGAUCUGAACUAAGGAAAACCAGUCUUUUGAUACCGGACACACCUUUACGGCCACAUCUGCUGUCAGGAUGGAUGCCUGUGGUUCUGUCGAUGCCACGAAGUGAACGGACUUGAGCCCACUGCUGGUGGUGAACGCACGUAGCCAUGUAAACAAUGUAUGUAAGAGUUUGAACGGCUGCUUUCAAUGAUGUCUUAAAAGCUUCAGCUUUAAAACGAGCUUCUGCCAUGUACAGAUUCCUGUGUAGCAGGGAAUCGAAGUGUAUGCUUGCUGAAUUAAUCCUAAAAAACUAAAGUUGUAUAGUAGUUGGUGGAUUAACUCUUAGGUUUUAUAUGCUCCAGGGACUAACAGUGGAAGUGUAUUAAGAAAUCCAAAAGCAAAUAUAAUUUCUAUGAGAACUUAAACUUGUUUGUGUCAUCAGACGCUGUAUAAUUGAACUGUUUGUUUUUUUCACUGUCUUUUUUUUUCUUUUUUUUUUUUCUAUUUGAAUGUCAUUAUCGGCUCACCUUUGAGCCUUGCACAGUGCAGGGGCUGAGGCUUAACCGAAUACACAUGCAGCCUUCAGUCAAAUGCAUUCUGUCUGUACUGUCUUAAUACAUAUUUACCCCAGGGCGACCGCCUGCACUUACUCUGCUUCCUCCUCUUCCUCUAACUCCUUCAGCUAUUUGCCAGUCUCAAAUGUGUGUGUAUGAGGGUGAGACAAUCCUCAGCCUCUUCACUGUAUUGCGGUCAUGGUGGCACUCAACUAUCUGUUUAAAAAAAAAAAAAAGAAAGCCUGUGUUUUUCUACUAUUGUAAGGAAAAAGACUGAACCAUUAAGCAGAUUGUCUGUUGCUACACAUGAAGGGAAGUGUGGAUCUGAAUACAAAGAGAUACUUUCAUCAGACAAAAGAAUUGUAAAUUAUAAAACGAUGAUGAACAAUGAUGGUCUUAUCAAUAAUAACACCUUUAUGAUAA